CCCACCAAACUCGAGAUGCUGUUUGCUCUUGUACAGAGCAAUGAACAGGGCCAGAUCUGUUACCAGGAGCUCAUCAACCUGAUGAGCAGCAAGCGCUCAAGCAGCUUCCGACGAGCGAUAUCCAAUGGACACAGGAACCUGCCUCGUGAGUUCCUGCUCGACGAGCCUGGACUUACUUUCUACAAACGCUUAGUGAGGCACGUGGCAUACGAGAUCCUGCCUUGUGAGGUGGACAGGCGCUGGUACUACAGCCAAUAUCGAGGCUGCCCACCACCUCUUUUUAUGACAGUCCUCACGAUCGUUCAGAUUGUUAUAUUUAUCUGCUAUGGAGCCAUGCUAAAUAAAUGGGUUUUACAAACCUAUCACCCGGACUACAUGAAGAGUCCCCUGGUCUAUCAUCCUGGAUAUAGGGCUCACGUUUGGAGGUUCUUCACCUAUAUGUUUAUGCAUGCUGGGUUGGAGCAAUUGGGGUUCAAUGCUUUCUUGCAGCUGAUGAUUGGUGUGCCACUUGAGAUGGUCCAUGGGAUUAUGCGCAUUGGACUGCUGUACCUGGCAGGUGUUCUAGCAGGCUCUUUGACUGCUUCUGUCACUGACAUGAGAGCACCCUUGGUUGGAGCUUCUGGUGGUGUCUACGCACUCUGUUCUGCACAUUUGGCCAAUGUUGUCAUGAACUGGGCUGGAAUGAGGUGUCCCUAUAAACUACUCCGGAUGAUCUUGGCACUUGUCUGCAUGAGCUCUGAGGUUGGACGUGCUGUAUGGCUCCGUUUUUCGCCUCCUCUUCCUUCUUCUGGCCCCCAGCCUAGUUUCAUGGCACAUCUGGCUGGUGCAGUGGUGGGUAUCAGUAUGGGACUCAUCAUCUUGCGCAGCUACGAGGAGAAUCUCCACCAGCAGUGUGCCUGGUGGGUCAUGGUUUUCUCGUAUGCCAUCUUUGUUGUAUUCGCAAUUUUCUGGAACAUUUUUGCGUACGAUCUCCUGGGUGUGCAGAUCCCACCUCCGCCAUAG